AGCGGCGGCGGCGGCGGCGGCGGCAGUGGUGGUAGUAGUAGUGGUGGUGGUAGUAGGAGAACGGAAUUGCCGUGUCGCGAGCGGCCGAACGAGUUAGCGCGUGUGCGUGCAUCGUGCGCGCGUACGCUCUCCUUCGAGGCUUGCGCGCGAGCGCGCGAGCGCGUGUGUCGGUGGUAUCCCCCCGCGCGCGCAUCCAAGGAAUUCACGAUCGAGCAACACGGAGGGACUCCCAGCAAAUGUUUAAAUGGACGCAUCGUCCAUUAUCACCCAAGUGUCGCGGGAUGACGAGCUAGGCCAGUUUAAUAACGAGAAAGCCCAAUUACCACGAGAGAAUGAAGCGGCCAGCAACGGUCCCACAGGUGGCAAGAAACCAAGAGGGCGGGGACUCUUGCGUUCUCUGCUUUGUUGUCUUGGUAGAGGACGAGGAAGUAGUUCGAAAAGUUCCAAAACAAGUUCGUUACAAGGAGAUGGACGGGGUUCACCGCCUCCAGGAACUGGGUCCCCACGGUAUCUUUUACCGCCUGUCAGACACCAGGAUAUGCAUAAAAAGUGCAUGGUGAUCGAUUUGGAUGAGACACUUGUGCACAGUUCUUUCAAACCGAUCAACAAUGCGGAUUUUGUUGUUCCUGUAGAAAUUGAUGGAACAGUACACCAAGUGUAUGUCUUAAAGAGGCCUUAUGUGGAUGAAUUUUUGCAGAGGAUGGGAGAACUAUACGAAUGCGUAUUGUUCACAGCAAGUUUAGCUAAGUAUGCUGAUCCUGUAGCCGAUCUGUUAGACAGAUGGGGAGUCUUUAGAGCAAGAUUAUUCAGAGAGUCGUGCGUUUUUCAUAGAGGAAAUUACGUUAAAGAUUUAAAUAAGCUGGGAAGAGAUCUACAACAAAUUAUUAUUGUCGAUAACAGCCCUGCCAGCUAUAUCUUUCAUCCUGAUAAUGCGGUUCCAGUGACAUCCUGGUUUGAUGACAUGACGGACUCAGAACUAUUAGAUUUAAUUCCAUUCUUUGAGAAACUUAGUAGCGUGGAGAACAUUUAUACAGUUUUGUGCAACAGCAAUCAUCCAUAUAAUCAAGUAUCAACUACGGUACAAAACAGUCCCAGUCCUGGAUCAGGUUCGCUUGGUGCUUCCUAGCCCCACCUAUGUUCUGGUCAAGUGACCAGUUUUGUUAUCACUCGAUGUGCAUUAAGGAGGAUCUUAAUUGAUUUGUCCAAUGCUAACCACUUAUUGUGCUGCGAUGGAUAAUCGGGUAUGCCCAGUUAGAUAUUUUAUCUAAGGCCAAAAGUACCCGUAGUAGUCUGGGUGAACAUUUCUGCGUAUCGUUUCCCUGUUAUAAUAGUGCAACAUUAACCGCACUCUGCUUUGUUGUUGCCUUCGAAUUUUCUUCCUGAUAAGCAGCAACGCGAUGAGGAACUAACGUUAGAAGAAAAAAAAAAAAAAAGGAAAACAAAAAGAAAAAGAACGAAUAGGUACAGACAGAACGAUGAAGAAUGAAUAAAAAUAAUACGUGUAGCGAUUAGCUUUUGUUACACUUCGAUUCAAAGGGUUUUGUUACGAUAAAGAGUUUUUUUGAUGAUGAUCGAACAAAAAGAAGAAAUCGAUAAGUGCUUCGGUGUAAUUAGUUAGAUCAGAGUACGCAAAUGCGUGCAUUAUAUCUUUGAUACAGACGAAAGUGAAAAAAAUGAAUGAUAUAUUUCUUGUUGAAUUAGAGCACGCAAAUUUUGUGCUAUUGCAUGAUAUAUACUUGCUGAAUACCUCAAUGGAUAAUCUUAAAAAUCCUGAACUAAAUCCUGAAUAUAAAUCGCACAGAGUCAUACAAGAAAUUAUCAAAGUGAUCAUUGAUAAGUAUGAGUCGUUUGAUGGGUCGUUCGGUGUUACACAUUUUUUUCAUCAUUUUAUUUGGACCAAUUUGUUAUUAAUUUGCAUUUCAUUUGCUGGCAUUACAAAUAUGUACAUCGCAUCACAACUUCGAGUUUGUAUAGUAAUUUUUUUAGCAUUUUCCCAUAGGAUCGAUGAUAUAUAAUAUUACGAUCGUUACUUGACGUAAUAUUGAAUAUUAAAGCAAAAAAUAAAAAAAAAAAUAAAAAAAAAAACAAAAAAGAAAAUAAAAAAAACAAAAAAAUAUCAAAAGGCUGGCAACUUAAAAUUAUGAUAAUACACUAAAUGUUAAAUUUGUUUAAUCAUCUUAAAAGGUACCAUCCUUCGUAUUUUAAACAGUGAAUUUUAUUAUAAUAUUUUAGAUUAAGUUAUUAAUAUUUUCAUGAUUUGCCAGUACGAUUGACCCUUUUUUUUUUCUUUUUUUCAAAGGAGAAUGUGUGCCAGAUAGUGAGUCAACUAAUUUAAUUACAAGAAAGUGAUAUAACAAUUUAAAGAGACCGAGCCAAAAUGCAUAUCAUUCUCUCCCUCCAAGCGCAAUCGUACGGAUAAUAAAAAAAAAUCUUACGUUAAAUGAACAAUUAUAAUAACAUGGUUAAUGAAUUAGAUUUAUAUAGAUAAUAUAGAACCCUUGUGAAGGGUAGGUGGUAGACAACACAAUACGUGUAAGUAUGUAGUUGUAUUCACACUAACAGUGAUGAUUGAUUUUGCACGCUUUAUCGUAUAUACAUAUUAUGUAAUGUACAGAUUGCGCAUUACGUUGAUAUAAUCAAUCUUAUUAUCAUUGCUUAUAUUUUUUAUCCUCGUUAUUAUUAUGAUUUUAUAAUGUUAUUAUUUUUUUCUCCUCUCAUUAUUUUCAUCUCUCCAUCUUCUCAUAGUUGUUACAUUAAUGUUAUUAUUAUCACCAUUUUGUGAUUACUUUUAUUAAUGCUAUCAUCUAUUUCAUCCUUUAUGUGACUGGUCCACAUUUUAAAGUAUUAUAUAUAUAUAUAUAUUGUUUGUAAUGUUCUAUAUUUGUUGUCGUCGCAUAAUGUUUUUCAUCGAUCAGUUUUUACAUUAAUCGCUUAUAAACUGGUAAUUCGAUUAUUAUCAAAAAGAAAAAAAGAAAGAAAAAAAAAAGAGAUUAACAAAAAUCAAUCAAACGCGUACAACUUAAACACGAUAAAUUUGUUUUUAUUGAUUUGUUGCAUUUUUCAUUAUAAAAGAAAAUUGAAUAUUUAUAUAUGCACUGUAUGUAAUAUCUCUUUUUAAACUUAAUAAUAUUAAUUUUUUGUUAAAAAUUAUGAGAAAUACACAUUGAUAUUCCAAAACGGGUAAACAUAAGAUUAAAUGAGUAUUUUAAUAAAUAGUACGGUGAGAUAUAUGUAUAUAUAUAUAUAUAUUUUUUGUUUUAUGUAAUUACGAACAGCUUAUUUUGUUUACAUAAGUGUGCAAAGUUGUAUAAAUAGAUUAUCACGAUAAUAUAUGUAUAUCUAUGAGCGCAUUACAUACAGUUUAAGAAUCAUCUAACAAUCGUUAUAAAAAACUCUCUAGGACAUUUUAUCAACUGUGCAAUUUAUUCUUAUUUUUUUGUUUUGUUUUAUCCAUCUUUUUUUUUUAAUUAAUUCGAAUGAA